AUGGACCUUUCGACGCAACAAAGAUUGCUUCUUACCAGUGAUGCACUUGACAUCAACAUUUUUGGAGCCUACCCGGCUGAUGUCUUCUCCGAUCCCUCGACACAGGAGGCAAAUAAUAUACUGUCUAUCACAAGCUUCCAAAAGAGACAAGAAGUUCCACAAAGCACUACAGUUGAGAUGCAAGACUAUGAUGCACAUUUUGCAACUAGUACAGCUAGUGCAAUUCCAGAGAAUCUGCGUGACUCUAAGGUAGGGUCCAACAUUGCCACACGAAGUGCUCAGUACUUUUUAUUGUUCGUUGCCUUCGCCUUUCUAAUAUCAAUGGGUGUGUUGAAAUACAGAGCAGCGAAUAGGUCCACUGAACCGGGAAAAACCGACCUCGAAUUUAUAUUGAUUCCUGCUGAGGAGUCAGAUAGUAACGAGGAGGUUUAUGUGGAAGAUCGGCUUCUCAAUGAGAGCGAUUCGUCUAUAGCGGAUGAUGAUACAUUUACGGUAAAUUAUCUGUCAGAAGCAGAAGAUGAGGUUUCAGAAGAUCGUGAAAAUAGCGAGAAUGAGGCAUAA